CCUGGGGCGCGCGUGCUGACGUGGCCGUCCGUCCUCUCCCUUCCCUGCCCAUCUGCAGACCGAGGCCGCUGCUCCAUGGGCCAGUGUGUGUGCGAGCCCGGUUGGACGGGCCCCAGCUGUGACUGUCCCCUCAGCAACGCCACAUGCAUUGACAGCCACGGGGGCAUCUGCAACGGGCGUGGCUACUGCGAGUGUGGCCGCUGCCACUGCCACCAGCAGUCGCUGUACACCGACACCAUCUGUGAGAUCAACUACUCACUGAUCCCGCUGGGCCUCUGUGAGGACCUGCGCUCCUGCGUGCAGUGCCAGGCCUGGGGCACGGGGGCGAAGAAGGGGCGGACGUGCGAGGAGUGCAGCUUCAAGGUCAAGAUGGUGGACGAGCUUAAGAGAGGUAGGGGGACGUUGAUCGGGUACUGCUCCUUCCGUGACGAGGACGACGACUGUAGCUACAGCUACACCGUGGAGGGCGACGGCACCCCCGGGCCCAACAGCACCGUCCUGGUGCACAGGAAGAAGGACUGCCCGCCGGCCUACUGGGCUCAUCCCCUGCUCAUCCUCCUGCUGCCGCUGCUGGCCUUGCUGCUGCUGCUCUGUUGGAAGUACUGUUCUUGCUGCAAGGCCUGCCUGGCCCUUCUCCCCUGCUGCAGCCGAGGCCACAUGGUGGGCUUCAAGGAAGACCACUACCUGCUGCGGGAGAACCUCAUGGCCUCCGACCACCUGGACACGCCCAUGCUGCGCAGCGGGAACCUCAAGGGGCGGGACACCGUCCGCUGGAAGAUCACCAACAACGUGCAGCGGCCCGGGCUCGCCGCCCACACGGCCAGCACCAACCCCAGCGAGCCGGUGCCUUACGGACUGUCCCUGCGUCUCGCCCGUCUCUGCACCGAGAACCUGCUGAAGCCGGACACGCGGGAGUGCGCCCAGCUGCGCCAGGAAGUGGAGGAGAAUCUGAACGAGGUGUACAGACAGAUCCCAGGUGCACACAAGCUCCAGCAGACCAAGUUCCGGCAGCAGCCCAACGCCGGGAAAAAGCAAGACCACACCAUCGUGGACACGGUGCUGAUGGCGCCGCGCUCGGCCAAGCCGGCCCUGCUGAAGCUGACGGAGAAGCAGGUGGAGCAGGGGGCCUUCCACGAGCUGAAGGUGGCCCGCGGCUACUACACCCUCACUGCCGAGCAGGACGCCCGCGGCAUGGUGGAGUUCCAGGAGGGCGUGGAGCUGGUGGACGUGCGGGUGCCCCUGUUCAUGCGGCCCGAGGACGACGACGAGAAGCAGCUGCUGGUGGAGGCCAUCGACGUCGCGGCGGGCACGGCCACCCUGGGCCGCCGCCUGGUUAACAUCACCGUCAUCAAGGAGCAAGCCAGCGGGGUGGUGGCCUUCGAGCAGUCCGAGUACCUGGUCAGCCGGGGGGAGCAGGUGGCCCGUGUCCCUGUCAUCCGGCGCACCGUGGACAGCAGCAAGUCCCAGGUCUCGUACCGCACGCAGGACGGCACGGCGAAAGGCAACCGGGACUAUGUCCCCGUGGAGGGGGAGUUGCUGUUCCACCCCGGGGAGACCUGGAAGGAGCUGCAGGUGAAACUCCUGGAGCUGCAGGAGGUGGACUCCCUCCUGCGGGGCCGCCAGACCCGACGCUUCAACAUCCAACUCAGCAACCCCAAGUUCGGGGCCCGCCUGGGCCAGCCCCAGUCGGCCACGGUCAUCAUCGGGGACCCAGAUGAACUGGACCGGGACUUCGUGAGUCAGACCCUGUCAUCCCCGCCGCCUCGCGGGGACCUGGGCGCCCCACAGAACCCCAAUGCCAAGGCCACCGGGUCUCGGAAGAUCCAUUUCAACUGGCUGCCCCCUCCUGGCAAACCAUUGGGCUACCGGGUCAAGUACUGGAUCCAGGGUGACCCCGAGUCUGAAGCUCACCUGCUGGACAGCGAGGCGCCUUCGGUGGAGCUCACCAACCUCUACCCGUACUGCGACUACGACAUGAAGGUGUGCGCCUACGGGGCGCAGGGCGAGGGCCCCUACAGCUCCCUGGUGUCCUGCCGCACCCAACAGGAAGUGCCCAGUGAGCCGGGGCGCCUGGCGUUCAACGUCAUCUCCUCCACGGUGACCCAGCUGAGCUGGGCUGAGCCCGCAGAGACCAACGGCGAGAUCACGGCCUACGAGGUCUGCUACGGCCUGGUCAACGAGGACAACCGACCCAUCGGGCCCAUGAAGAAAGUGCUGGUGGACAGCCCCAAGAGACGCAUGCUGCUCAUCGAGAACCUGCGCGAGUCCCAGCCCUACCGGUACACCGUGAAGGCGCGCAACGGCGCCGGCUGGGGGCCUGAGCGCGAGGCCAUCAUCAACCUGGCCACCCAGCCCACACGGCCCAUGUCCAUCCCCAUCAUCCCGGACAUCCCCAUCGUGGACGCCCAGGGCGGGGAGGACUACGAGAGCUUCCUCAUGUACAGUGACGACGUGCUGCGCUCGCCCGCCGGGAGCCAGAGGCCCAGCGUCUCCGACGACACUGGCGGCGGCGGCGGCUGGAACGUGGAGCCCGCGCUCGGGGAGCAGCUGGACCUGCGGCGCGUCACGUGGCGGCUGCCCCCGGAGCUCAUCCCGCGCCUGUCGGCCAGCAGCGGGCGCUCCUCCGACGCCGCCGAGGGGGGCGCGGACGGGGAGGGCGGCCCCCGGCCCGCCGGAGAGCACCUGGUGAACGGCCGGAUGGACUUUGCCUUCCCAGGCAGCGCCAGCUCCCUGCACAGGGUGACCACCGCCAGCAGCAGCUACGGGACCCACCUGAGCCCCCACCUGCCCCGGAGUGUGCACAGCGCGACCUCCACCCUCACCCGCGAUUACCACUCGCUCACCCGCACCGAGCACUCCCACUCGGCCACACUACCCCGCGACUACUCCACCCUCGGCUCCCUCUCUUCCCACGAGUCCCGCCUGACUGCCAGUGUGCCUGACACACCCACCCGCCUGGUGUUCUCCGCCCUGGGGCCCACAUCCCUGAAAGUGAGCUGGCAGGAGCCACAGUGCGAGCACGCACUGCUGGGCUACAGCGUGGAGUACCAGCUGCUGACUGGCGGCGAGCUGCGUCAGCUCCACAUCACCAACCCUGGCCAGACCUCCGUGGUGGUGGAGGACCUCCUGCCCAACCACUCCUACGUGUUCCGCGUGCGGGCCCAGAGCCAGGAGGGCUGGGGCCGAGAGCGCGAGGGGGUGAUCACCAUCGAGUCGCAGGUGCACCCGCAGAGCCCACUCUGCCCCCUGCCAGGUUCUGCAUUCACUCUGAGCACGCCCAGUGCCCCAGGCCCGCUGGUGUUCACGGCCCUGAGCCCAGACUCCCUGCAGCUGAGCUGGGAGCGGCCACGGAGGCCCAACGGAAAUAUCCUCGGCUACCUGGUGACCUGUGAGAUGGCCCACGGAGGAGGGCCAGCCACCACGUUCCAGGUGGAUGGGGACAACCCCGAGAGCCGGCUGACGGUGCCGGGUCUCAGCGAGAACGUGCCUUACAAGUUCAAGGUGCAGGCCAAGACCACCGAGGGCUUCGGGCCGGAGCGUGAGGGCAUCAUCACCAUCGAGUCCCAAGAUGGAGGCCCCUUCCCACAGCUGGGCAGCCACGCCGGGCUCUUCCAACACCCGCAGCAAGGCGAAUACAGUUAUGUCACCACCACCCACACCAGCACCAGCGAGCCUUUCCUGAUGGAUGGCCUGGCCCUGCGGUCCCAGCAUCUGGAAGCAAGCAGCUCCCUCACCCGGCACGUGACCCAGGAGUUUGUGAGCCGGACACUGACCACGAGCGGGAGCCUCAGCACCCAGGUGGACCAGCAGUUCCUCCAAACCUGAUCCCGACCUGCAGCGGCCUGGAGCCCGCGCCCCCUCCGCGACGCCCGCUCUGCUACUGUGCCAGCGCCUCUGGCCACACAGCAGGGAGUGGGAGGCAUGAAGGGGGCAGAAGGCCCUCUCACUGCCCCCCCCCCCAGCCUCUGGACGUAAACCCUUUCAUAACCAAAGAGCAGGGACCAGCGCAGCAAGGUCCAGCCUCUCUUUUGCACUUAAUAAAAGACUUUGCUACUGCA